AGCUCUCUCUCUCCCCCCCUUUUUUUUCAACCCCCCUUUCACAGGAAGUAGUGCAAAACAUUAAAAAAAAAAAUUCAAAAGCUUUGCUUUUAAACCCACCCACCCCCCCGCUCCAAAAAAAAGAAGCAUCUUUGGGUACUGACUUAUGCAUUUGCAACCCAGCUUUGCCAUUCGGAUCCACGCUGCCAUUGGCAGGAAGAAGAUAGGAGGUUACGAAGAUGCCCCGGCGGAAGGCGGAUGCAGCCAGUUCGGGGAACGGCACAGGGGCAGCGCGCAAACGGGCAAGCACCGGCCGGGGGCCCGCGUUGAACGCCAAGAAAAAAAAAAGGAGUGGUGGGGGUAGCAGCAGCAGUAGCAGCAACAAUGGUGGCGGGGGCAGCAGUGGAGAGGAGCAGGACGGACUGGUGUUGCCCAUACUCUCGGCCCCCGGAGGAAGCAAGAAGGCGCCCCGGCCCGGAGGGCGAGAACAGCAGAACCCCCCCGGCUUGCAGUCAUCCCAGGCCGCCGUGGUAGUCAACGAGCCCGAGCACACCAAGGAGCGCAUUAAGUUGGAGGGCUCGAAGUGUAAAGGACAGCUUUUGAUAUUUGGAGCCACCAACUGGGACUUGAUUGGCCGGAAAGAAGUCCCAAAACAGCAAGCUGCUUAUCGCAACCUUGGCCAGAACCUGUGGGGGCCGCACAGGUACGGAUGUCUCUCGGGAGUCCAAGUCCGGACGGUAAUUUCGGGCCCGUGUGCCGCUCACAACCUCUUCAUCACAGUGGAAGGGAAGCUGUGGAGCUGGGGGCGCAACGACAAAGGACAACUGGGCCAUGGAGAUACCAAGCGGGUCGACGCCCCCAAACCUAUCGAGGUGCUCAGCAGUGACACAGUUGUGUCGGCCGCUUGUGGGCGCAACCACACACUGGCCCUCACAGAGAACGGAUCCGUUUUUGCUUUCGGAGAGAACAAGAUGGGGCAGCUUGGAUUGGGGAACCAGACUGACGCCAUUCCUAGUCCUACGCAGAUCAUGUACAACGGCCAGCCGAUUACCAAGGUGGCUUGCGGGGCAGAGUUUAGCAUGAUUAUGGAUUGCAAAGGGAAUCUUUACUCGUUCGGUUGUCCUGAGUACGGACAGCUAGGGCACAACUCUGACGGGAAAUUCAUCGCCCGAGCCCAGAGGAUAGAAUACGACUGCGAGCUGGUUCCCCGUCGCGUAGCCAUCUUCCUUGAGAAGACCAAAGAUGGGCAGAUCCUACCGGUCCCGAACAUCGUCGUGAGGGAUGUGGCGUGCGGUGCAAAUCACACGCUCAUCCUGGACUCACAGAAACGUGUCUUCUCCUGGGGAUUUGGCGGUUACGGCCGAUUAGGACACGCGGAGCAGCGGGACGAGAUGGUGCCACGGUUAGUGAAGCUUUUCGACUUCCCUGGCCGUGGGGCUGCACAGAUCUACGCAGGCUACACCUGCUCUUUUGCAGUCAGUGAAACAGGAGGCCUGUUUUUCUGGGGAGCGACGAACACUUCCCGAGAGUCGACGAUGUACCCCAAAACUGUGCAGGAUCUGUGUGGCUGGAAAAUCCGCAGUUUGUCCUGUGGGAAGAGCAGCAUCAUAGUGGCAGCAGAUGAGAGCACCAUCAGCUGGGGGCCUUCUCCUACCUUUGGAGAGCUGGGUUACGGAGAUCACAAGCCGAAGUCAUCAACUGCUGCUCAGGAGGUGAAAACGCUGGAUGGGAUUUACACAGAACAGGUCGCCAUGGGCUACGCGCACUCCUUGGCGAUUGCCCGCGACGAGAGCGAAGCCGAAAAGGAGAAAAUCAAGAGAUUGCCAGAAUACAACCCACGCACCCUCUGACCCGGGCAGGGGACUCUUCCCUCAACCAGGCGAGCUGCUGAAUGCACCGCGGUCGGCGGUUGGCGAAGAGAGACCGCGGGCCCCUCCGUGCGUUUUGUUAGACUUCUCAGCUAUUGGUUUUUAUACGCCAUUUGAAGUUUUAACUACCUGUUGCUAGGACUCUUCUGUGCCCUGCUCCUUCCACUCCAUCUUUUUCUCCCAAGGUGGCUUGUUUGUAUUUUGUAUUCCUUUUGUAUUUUUUUUGUGGUGGUGGUGGUGGAGGAUAAAUUGAAGUCCAUUCAUCCCUUUUUCGGUCACUAUAGUCCGAUGGAAACUUCAGGAGCAUUUUUGCCCCAUUUGUUCGUCCCCCUCUUAAGCCUGUUUGGGACCAGCAAGCCAGCAUUGAAAGUUUUUUUUUUUUUUCUACUGCAAAGAGUGGCCUAUGCUUUGUGUUUUGUCCCCGAAGAAGGUGCUAUUAUUAUUUUUUAAUUCCUGUGCCUUUUUUUUUCUAAUUUCCUUUGGUAUGAUUGGGCACCAGGCCUCUUGAGUUCAAGAGUUCCCAUUGAUUUUACGUUGAGCGAUUUGUGGCACUGUGUUUCGGGCUGCCACAGAUGCAGAUUGGCAUUGAGUUCUUUUGUGAUGCCCAGCGUUGUUUUCUUACAACCUGAUGUGGGUGGGCAUCUGGGGGAAGGGGAGGAGACUUAUACAUUUUCCUUGAAAGUGGCAAUUGUUCUGAGAUUAGGUGGCUAACCACAGGAAGAGUUUAGAACAAAUGAAGUGAACUUUUUGCCUUGAAACAUAUCUGGAGUGAACUAAUACUCACUCUGUCUCUCUCUGUCUCUCUCUGUCUCUCUGUCUCCCUGUCCCUUUCUCUCUCUCUCUCUCUCUCUUUCAUUCCCUCUCUCCGUCACCUAAAUUCUGGUACUUAAGCUCGGAAAAAACCUCCUUCUCUUGUUUCUCUUUUUCUCUUUAUUUGUUGGGAUCCACUUUGCUAGAAAGUGAAAAUUUCAAGCCCCUCUUUUGAAAGAGCUAUUUCUUUAGAUCAUUGAAUGGCAGCUGAGAGGUGGGUUCAGACUGACGGCCUCCUAAAACUUAGAAUAUUUUGAGCCUGGGAAACGCUGCAGACCCCUUCUCUUGAACCCCUAAAGAGGUAAACCACCUUUUGAUCCCUGAUUGAGAAAACUGCAAAAGUUUCCCAGAAAAAGCAGGAGAUGCGUUUCCAAGCCUGAUGGGAAUUUAAUGCACAGCUGUCUUUAUUUUCCACCAUUUCGGUUUUUUUUGUGGGAUGGGAAUUUUGUGCCUUGAAAGCUACACACAUUGCUCUUUUUUUUCCGGUUGGUUUAUUGAGAGGGACAGGACGCUUUCCCGUUUCACCAUCGUUGGCAUCUCUCGAUGGGUUUUGGCCACCUUUCAACCUGCUAACUUUGAGUUAGAAUAAUGAGCAAUCAAUCAGGGAAAAAAAUUAACGGAAACCCACCACUGAUGGAUGGCACUUUUGGGAAAGUUGGAAGGCAGCACCUGCUGAUUUGAUGCUAAAUUUUCAAGUGAGCAAAAUCAGGAUUGCCAAUUUACGUUAUCAAACGCUUUCUGAGCAUCCAAGAUUAAUGCUAAUUGUGGAUGUCGACUCUUUGCACAGGUCUGUUUCAAAAUAUUUUCUCCUCCUUUUCCUGUUUUGGUACGUUCAGCCUCUGAUACCCCCUUUACUGUUUUAUUCAUUUUUCCCGAUGUUCCUCUUCUUCAUUGGUGAGGGACUUCAUUAUGAGGGACCGACAGACACUUUCACCAUCAUUGUAAGGUAGCGGGGGAUAAUUUAUUUGCCAUGGGAGAGAAAGAAGGGAAAGAGGUACUUCCAUUUUCACCAAAGAAACAACUUGUUUUUGUGCUAAUUAAAAAGUUUUUUGAUUUCGACCUGGUUGGCCUAAAGGUUUGCGUUUAAAACUGCUGACUUUUUUUUCUUCACCAAGGUGAAGGGCUCGGCGGUAUGAGAACCAAUUAAAGUUAAAUGAGAUGGGGAAAAAGUUUUUAGCCUAGUCUUGUCACUCUCUUUUGUUUUUCCCUCCACUUUUUUUUUAAUAUAUAUUUCUCAAAUGUUUAAAUAAAUGAUGGGUUUGUUUAGA